GGCAUCACAUUGAGAACCUGGACCUCUUCUUCUCUCGCAUCUAUAACCUUCAUCAGAAGAAUGGCUUCACCUGCAUGCUCAUUGGAGAGAUCUUUGAGCUCAUGCAGUUCAUCUUCGUGGUGGCAUUCACCACCUUUCUUAUCAGCUGCGUGGAUUACGACAUCCUUUUUGCCAACAAAGCGGUAAAUCACAGCCAGCAUCCCAGUGAGCCCAUUAAGGUGACUCUGCCAGAUGCCUUCCUGCCUCCGAAUGUCUGCAGUGCGAGGAUCCAGGCAAAUAGCUUCCUCAUCUGCAUCCUGGUGAUAGCUGGAGUUUUCUGGAUCCACCGACUCGUCAAAUUUAUCUACAACAUUUGCUGCUACUGGGAGAUUCACUCUUUCUACAUCAAUGCCCUCAAAAUCCCUAUGUCCACCCUGCCGUACUACACCUGGCAGGAGGUGCAGGCCCGCAUCGUGCAGAUCCAGAAGGAGCACCAGAUCUGCAUCCACAAGAAGGAGCUGACGGAGCUGGACAUCUACCACCGCAUCCUCCGCUUCAAGAACUACAUGGUGGCCAUGGUGAACAAGUCGCUGCUUCCCAUCCGCUUCCGCCUGCCCUUGCUGGGAGACACCGUCUUCUACACGCGUGGGCUCAAGUACAACUUCGAGCUCAUCUUCUUCUGGGGGCCUGGAUCCCUCUUUGAGAAUGAGUGGAGCCUGAAGGCUGAGUACAAGCGGGCUGGGAACCGCCUGGAGCUGGCUGAGAAGCUCAGCACUCGUAUCCUCUGGAUUGGCAUUGCUAACUUCCUCCUCUGCCCCCUCAUCCUCAUCUGGCAGAUCCUCUAUGCUUUCUUCAGCUACACGGAAAUCCUGAAGCGGGAGCCGGGCAGCCUGGGUGCCCGCUGCUGGUCUCUCUACGGCCGCUGUUACCUCCGUCACUUCAACGAGCUGGACCACGAACUGCACUCACGCCUCAGCAAGGGCUACAAGCCAGCUUCCAAGUACAUGAACUGCUUUAUCUCCCCGCUCCUCACCAUCGUGGCCAAGAACGUGGCCUUCUUUGCUGGCUCCAUCCUGGCUGUGCUCAUCGCUCUCACCAUCUAUGACGAGGACGUGCUGGCGGUUGAGCACGUCCUGACCACGGUCACCCUGCUCGGGGUGGGCGUCACGGUGUGCAGGUCUUUCAUCCCCGACCAGCACCUGGUGUUUUGCCCAGAACAGCUGCUGCGGGUCAUCCUGGCACACAUCCACUACAUGCCUGACCACUGGCAGGGCAAUGCCCACCGCUACGAGACCAGGGAUGAGUUUGCCCAGCUCUUCCAGUACAAAGCGGUCUUCAUCCUGGAGGAGCUCCUGAGUCCCAUCAUCACGCCCCUGAUCCUCAUCGUCUGCCUGCGGCCCAAGUCCUUGGACAUUGUCGACUUCUUCCGCAACUUCACGGUGGAGGUGGUGGGUGUGGGCGACACCUGCUCCUUCGCCCAGAUGGACGUGCGCCAGCACGGACACCCGGCGUGGAUGUCGGCGGGGAAGACGGAAGCCUCCAUUUACCAGCAGGCGGAGGAUGGCAAGACAGAGCUGUCCCUCAUGCACUUUGCCAUCACCAACCCCAAGUGGCAGCCGCCUCGCGAGAGCACGGCCUUCAUCGGCUUCCUGAAGGAGCGGGUACACCGGGACAGCAGCGUGGCACUGGCUCAGCAGGCUGUGCUCCCCGAAAACGCCCUCUUCAGCUCCAUCCAGUCCCUGCAGUCGGAGUCAGAGCCUCACAGCCUGAUUGCCAACGUGAUAGUGGGCUCCUCGGCACUGGGCUUCCACAUGGGCCGGGACGGACAGGCCUCCCGCCAUCUCUCUGAAGUGGCCUCGGCCCUGCGUUCCUUCUCCCCGCUCCAGUCUGCCCAGCAGCCUCCUAGCGGCUUCCAGACGGCAGGAAGGGAUGGAGAGGGAUCCCAGCCUCGCGGUGCCAGUGCCAUGACAGCCUCUGGCGCCGAUGCGAGGACCGUGAGCUCGGGGAGCAGCGCCUGGGAGGGUCAGCUGCAGAGCAUGAUCCUGUCGGAGUACGCCUCCACCGAGAUGAGCCUCCACGCGCUCUACAUGCACGAGUUGCACAAGCAGCACGCCCAGCUGGAGCCCGAGCGGCACACUUGGCACCGGCGAGAGAGCGACGAGAGCGGGGAGAGCACCCACGAGGAGCUGGAUGCGCAGCGGGGUGCCCCCAUCCCUCGCUCUGCCAGCUACCCCUUCUCCUCCCCGCGGCAGCCUGCCGAGGAGACGGCCACGCUACAGACGGGCUUCCAGCGGCGAUACGGUGGCAUUACAGACCCAGGCACAGUACACAGAGCCCCGUCGCACUUCUCCCGCCUCCCCCUGGGAGGCUGGGCUGAUUUUUUUUUCCCAGAGCCGGUGCCGGAGGAGAGCUCGGAGGACGAGCUUCCACCCCAAAUCCACAAG